CUUCAAGAUGAUACUCGGUCUAUAUCAGAAGAAACUGAAGUAAAAUUUCAAAUAUCGAAGGGCACAUUGGGAACAAUCGUAAAGUCACUUUACUUGAUAAGGGAACAGUUAUCAACUCCUGAUGAUACUUCAAAUGAACACGAACAACCACCGCAAGCUGGGGCAACAUAAAAAAUUACACAUAUUAGGACGCUAGUGAAAUAAUGCUAACUGAUUUACUGCAAAUGCACUUUUGUUGAAGAAUCUGAAUCGUGAAUCUUAGUAUCAUAUAUAUUAUGUUUGCUUUCUUUUAUAGUAGUAAGGUUCCUGUCAAAGCUGAUUUAUUGAAUUGCUCUUUGUUUAAGAAAGUGUAAUUGCACUUUUUAUUCUUAAUAAUAGCAGAAAUUGGA